UUGCGUUGUCAAUAAAGUUUCAGGGGGAAAAAAACGGGAGCUGAUCCCGGAAGUGGCGGUUUGUUUUGGUGUCGCGCAGCAGCAGACAUGUUGGUUCCGUGCACUCGUCACCGUCUGUGAAACAUCGUGAAGUCCAAACUGCUGCUUUUUCAUGUUUACUUCAGUGUCCUCGGUGACGCCGUGGAACCAAGCGUGUGCGUAAGAACUGCGACCCGCAAACAUGGCGGAGGCUGGCGCUCACCUGACCACCACCACCUCCGGACACGAGCGGCCGUCCAUCUUCGAGGUUCUGGCCCAGGAGUCUCUGAUGGAGGCCGUCAAACCGGCGCUCCGGCAUGCGGUCAAGGUGACACCACGACCUGUGUCUCCUCUGCAGUGGUCAAGUGUGAGCUCAAACCUCUCCCCUGCUCAGGUUCUAGCUGAGUCCAACCCUUCCGUCUUCGGUGUUCUGUGGCGCCGCUUUGAUGAGGUCUACCUGCUGCUGGACCUCCUCCUGCAGAAGCACUUCCUGUCUCACAGUGCCGCCUCGUUCUCGGAGAACUUUUACGGCCUGAAGAGAGUCUGCACGGGACCGGGGCGACCGGCCGGUCUUGCUCUGAGCAGGCGGUCUCACUGGUGCUCGCUGCUGCUGCUGUGUGUGGCGCCGUACCUGCGGGCCAAGCUGGAGGCCCUGUUGGCUCGGCAGAGGGAGGAGGAGGACUUCUCCAUCCGCGUGGCCCGUAGCCGGACGCAGAAGGUGUUCCGGGCCUUGGCGGCAGCGUAUCCGUACGUCAGCACGGCCUGGCAGGUGCUGCUCUUCAGUCAGCAGCUGCUCUUCAUCUUCGGGAAAAGUAGGAGUCACAGUCCACUGCUGUGGCUCGCCCGGGUCCGACUGGAGAGGCUCACCGCGCUGGACUUCAGGGAGCUGGAGCUGAAGAGCGGCAGAAGCCGUGAGCCUGCAGCAGCUGGGAGUCUGGCCCAGCGUGCCGGUCGGCUGGUGUCCCAGGCAGCCAGGGGCGUGGCCGUCUCCCUCUCCACCUCGCUGUCGCUGGGAGUCUUCUUCCUGCAAUUCCUGGACUGGUGGUACUCGGCCGAGAACCAGAGCACGGUGAAAACCCUGACCGCCCUGCCGGUGCCACCGCCCCCACUGAGCCUGGCGCCUCCACCCGGUGGUGACCCGGCUCAGGACAGGACGUGCCCGCUCUGCAGGAAGCCCCGCACCAACGCCACGGCGCUGUCCACCUCCGGCUUCGUCUUCUGCUACCCCUGCAUCUACGCGCACGUCAAGGCCCAGCGCAGCUGCCCGCUCAGCGGGUUCCCCUCCGAGCUGCAGCACCUCAUCAAGAUCUACACGCCCGAGACCCCCUGAGAGAGACGAUGAACAUGGACUGCUUUUGAGGAAACUGUUUUGAUACGGACACGAUGGUUGAGCUCUCGGGCUCCACCUGACUUGACCCUUAAGCCAUUAAAGUUGACGUGAACCUAAACACCAGUGAUUCGGCUGAAUUCUUCUCAUGAGAGGAAAGAUAUCUGCUGCACAGUGGUGUGUGUGUGUUGGAGGUUCAGAGUGAAGACAAGUGUUGUGGGGACGUCCAAGAUAAGACAGUCAGUGAAUUGCUUUAUUGAGUUUCCAGACAACAACACUUAAAAAACAAACAAUGGAACAGAUAAACAACAUCACAACAAUACAGUGAGUAAUUCUUAAAAAAAAAAAAAAACAAAAAAGAAAGGAAGGACUUUGUUAAAACGUCCGGCUCCCCUGCAGCACGGCAGGAGACCAGGAGUCACAGUAAACAACGCUGCUGUAUUGCACGUGUCAACACAAACAUGAACCUUAUUUACACGUGAAGCGGCGAAAGAUCCACACCUUUUCAGAUCUGUCCCAAGAGUCAGGAAUGUGCUUGUGAUCCACCACAGAGAGAGAGAGAGAAAGAAAGAGGAGAGAAAGAGAGAGACGGGGCGUCCUCGUCGCACAAAGACGUUACAGCACGGUAUCAAACAGGAAAUAUACAAAAGAGUCCAAGUGUGUGUGUGUGUGUGUGUGUGAGAGAGCAACAAUGAGGCGCCGCGUGUCUCAAAUAUCAUGUUAAAUACACGUUGUGACCUCUGCUGGUUUUAUCGAAACGUCAUGAACGCGACAGCGAGCAGCAAACGCCGCGGCUCAAACAGCACGCGACACUUCACCGCCAACCUUCAGCAGGAACACGCCUCCAACUGAGUGUCACCAAAAAUGGGUGACUGAAAAACAAAACAUUCACCAUAAA